GUUUAUUCGCACAAGCUUGAGGACCCGCUGGACGCAAUAUGAAACUGCUGCUCGACUCCUCCUCCUCGCUGCUCUUCUCCGUCUUGUUGGCUCAACUGCCGCUGCUGACGUCAGCCCUACCUGCCCACCCGAGGCGCCACCCGCCCACCCAUGCCGACCUGGACAAGCUGACCAAUCAGACGAGGCACCUGCAGAAGUUGACCCAUGACCUGAUCAGCGACCAAGAGUUUGACUCGGUGAUCGACCACCACAGGUUCAAAUCUCUUCCAGCCAUCAGCAGCAGAGCCAAUGACCUCAGCUCACUGGAGUUGAAGCCCACUCUCUCUCAGCUUCAUGCUGACCUGAAGUCAUUUGAGCACCACUUCGAGUGGCUAAACAAAGUGACACGGAAGCACCACCACAGCUCAGCGCCGAAGCUGGGAGAAAUGAUCUCACACAUUAAGAGUCUGAUCACCUCGCUACACCGUCAGAUGAUGCGAGUGGAGGCCCCUCGUAUUUCAGUGCCUUCCCCCUCCCUCCCUCCUCCUCCCUCGUUCCACUGGGAGAUGGACCAGUCGUCCCAGGAGCUCCUGCAGAAGUUCCGGCUGUUCUGCGACUGGGCGGCGCGAGCCUUCCUCAGCCUCAAGUCCAAAAUGCAGGCGUGAUGGGCCUCGGCCAAUCGCACCCCACCGUCACUACAACUCCAGCCGAUGGUUACACACUACAACCGAUCCUCUGUCCAGUCCUCCGUGAACUACCCCGUAAGGCUACAGCCUGUGGCAAACGCGAGCUGAUCGCACGGCACCGGCCUCGGCCUCGGCGCCGCCGAUCCGCACUCGCCGCAGAGCGACUCCACCUGCCUGUCCACAUCACUUCACCUAAAACCGUAAAACCUUUCCCUCUCCACUUUUUUUGCAUUCAACCUGUUUGUUAUUUAUGUAUUUAUUUAUUUAUUGAGCAGUUAUUUAGUUAUUUAUUUGGUGUCGUUAUUUAUUUGAUUCUUUGGAAAAGAAAAGUCAUCUUGUUUCCCAGGUUUUGGUUUUUUUUUUUUUUUCUUCUUCCUUAUUUUACGUCGUCCCGUUUUCCCUUUUCCCUCCUCCUUCUCUCCCUGUACAGUCUUCCAGCCGCCCUUCCGGCCUCCAAUUUUAACCAGUUGUACUUUUCUCACGCCUCCUGUUUCUCCGCGAGGCGCGUGUUCCCAUUUCGUUCCCAAGGUUAUAACGUUUUGCCACUAGAUGUAGCAAGACUGCUGGGCGUGUAAGGUGUGCGCUGGUGCCGGGUGAGAAAGUUGCGAGGAGCUGUAAAGUGUCACGAAGCACUGACCUAAAACCUUUCGCUUCUUCGUCUUUGCACAGCAUAUCUGGGUUUCAUGUAUUUGAAUUCUAUGAUUCAGAACUUGUUCUCAAGCAACACUAAAUGGAAAAAAAAGUUUUAAAAAAUAAAUAAAUAAAUAAAUAAAGAUUAGAAAAGACAAGCCAAGCCUUAAAAUACUAUGUAUUGUGAUAUUGUGAUACUUUGGUAAUGUACAGAUGUACAUACGUGCUCCCGAAUGUAAAUUGCUCUGUAUAGCGCGAAUGUGUAUUAUAUUAUAGUUUUCUAUGAUAUAAGGCCCCGCUGCUCCGGCAGUUCUAUCUUCAUCACUGUGUCGCAAUAUCAACAUUAUUCUGUUCUGGUUUUUUUUUCUUUUCUUUUUUUUAGUAUUUUGAUACACUAUUUACUAUUUAUUACAUUUUUCAUGUUAUUUAUUUUCACUAAACGGAAGCAAGACUUCUGUCUUUUUUAUACUUUUAUACUACUUCUAAUCAGGCAUUAUCAUCUAUUGAAAUUAUUAAACUCUAUUGAAACUCUUCAACUUGCCACACAUGCUGUACGUCGUAUGGUUUUCUGACAGAAAGGUGAAAGGUGUGCCAGAUACAAUAAAGCAAUUCAUGUGCAGAA